CAAGCAACAAGACAAAGACCGCAGGCUAUGGUUGUUCGGAGAUUCUUCGAAUUCACGAUCUUAAAGUCAUAUGAUUCACAGGAAAUAUAGCAACAAAUAUCUCAAUUCGUAUUUUCCAAAGCCACGAAACGUGCAUUGAGUUUGGAGCGAUAUCUGAAGUGAAGAUUGAAGACGUGAUAGAAGAUGGACGACUACUGCUAUGCUAAGAUGGCGACGUCCGCUAAAAGAGAACAUGAAAGAGAAUCAGCGCCACCAACUUCCAGCAAAUCACCAACGGAGAUAAAGACGAAAGAUGAAGACGUCCAGCAGCUGAUUGGUAAUCCAGAAGAAGUUUCCCCUCAGUUAGGGGGGAGCUCCACUUUGAAGCAGGAGACUCCACAACCACCCUGCAUUAAAAAGGAAGAGGAGGAACUCUGCAUCACUCAGGAGGGAGAGUGUCUUCUAGGACGAGAGGAAGCUGAUUACACCAAGUUUCCACUGAGUAUUCUCUCUGUGAAGACUGAAGAUGAUGAAGAGAAACCACAAGUAGACAACUUCUUAGCUCCACUAUCAGAUAGUGAGCCUGAAGACGAGGUUGAAGAACCUUUGAGCAGCGAUAAAGACUGUGAAGGUGAUAUGAGGACUCACAUUGACAACAAACAUUCUGAAUGCUCUACAAAGAAGAGAGACGUCCAGCAGCUGAUCGGUAAUCCAGAAGAAAUUUCCCCUCAGUUAGGGGGGAGCUCCACUUUGAAGCAGGAGACUCCACAACCACCCUGCAUUAAAAAGGAAGAGGAGGAACUCUGCAUCACUCAGGAGGGAGAGUGUCUUCUAGGACGAGAGGAAGCUGAUUACACCAAGUUUCCACUGAGUAUUCUCUCUGUGAAGACUGAAGAUGAUGAAGAGAAACCACAAGUAGACAACCUCUUAGCUCCUCUAUCAGAUAGUGAGGCUGAAGACGAGGUUGAAGAACCUUUGAGCAGCGAUACAGACUGUGAAGGUGAUAUGAGGACUCACACUGACAACAAACACUCUGAAUGCUCUUCAAAGAAGAGAGGUAAAACAUGUUUGAGCUGCUCAGUUUGUGCUGAAAGUUUCACUACAAAGUUCAAUUUGACUCGGCACAUGAGAACACACACAGGUGAAAAACCAUUUAAUUGUUCAGUUUGUGGCAAAACCUUUAAUCAAAAUAGCUUGUUGAGUCGACACAUGAGAACACACACAGGUGAAAAACCAUUUAAUUGUUCAGUUUGUGGCAAAAGCUUUUCUCAAAAUAGCAUGUUGACUCAGCACAUGAGAACACACACAGGUGAAAAACCUUUUAAUUGUUCAGUUUGUGGCAAAAGCUUUUCUCGAAAUAGCUCUUUGACUCAACACAUGAGAACUUACACAGGAGAAAAAACAUUUAAUUGUUCAGUUUGUGGCAACAGCUUUUCUCAAAAAAGCUCUUUGACUCAACACAUGAGAACACACACAGGAGAAAAACCAUUUAAUUGUUCAGUUUGUGGCAAAAGCUUUUCUCGAAAUACCUCUUUGACUGAACACAUGAGAACACACACAGGUGAAAAGCCAUUUAAUUGUUCAGUUUGUGGCAAAAGCUUGUCUGUUAACAGAUAUUUGACUGAACACAUGAGAACACACACAGGUGAAAAACCAUUUAGCUGUUCAGUUUGUGGAAAAAGCUUUUCUUUUAAGGGUGGUUUGAUAGAACACAUGAGAACACACUCAGAUGAAAAACCAUAUAAGUGUUCAGUUUGUGGCAAAAGCUUUUCUGUUAAGAGAAUAUUGACUCAACACAUGAGAACACAUAGGAGAAAAAACAUUUAGUUGUUCAGUGUGCUUUAAAAGGCUCGCACAUAAUGCAGAUGCAGUAAGUAACCCAUGUCAUGUUGAUGAUCCUGUAAGCAACUUUAAUUCCAAAAUUGUGAAUAUUAUAGAUAUCAUUGCACCUGCUACAGUUAAAACGAUUUCUGGUAAGCAAAAGGCACCCUGAACAAAUCUGGCAGAAUACAAAACUUCAUAUUCACCAUGACAUCUAUAAAGAGAGCCUCCAGGCCUACAAUUUAGUCUUAAAAAGUGCUAGAGAAACAUUAUUCUCCAAUAUCAUAAACAGCAACACAAAUAAGGCCAAAACCCUAUUCUCAACCGUUGACAGACUGACCAACCCCCCAACACAAAUACCAGCCGAACUCCAUUCCACGCAGAAAUGCAAUAAGUUUGCAUUCUUUUAUACUGAUAAAAUUGAAGGCAUCAGACACGCCAUUAAUAUCUUAAGCCAAAAAGUUGGAUCACCAACCCAUUUAGGCAAAAGUAACACAGCAAUGAUGGCAAGCUUUAAUGCCAUAGACUCUAAAACUCUAGUGGAAACGGUGACAGCUCUAAAGUCAUCCACCUGCUGCCUUGAUGUUUUACCUACCAACUUCUUUGAGAAUUUUUUUGACUGCCUGUCAACAGACGUAUUGCAAAUAGUUAAUAAUUCUAUUCAAUCGGGCAAUUUCCCGAAGGCUUUCAAAACUGCAGUCAUUAAACCUCUUCUAAAAAAGCGGAGCCUAGAUGCCUCUGUUAUCAACAACUACAGACCAAUUUCAAAUCUACCAUUCAUAAGUAAAAUAAUUGAGAAAGUUGUCCUCCAACAACUAAAUCACUUCUUGGCUUCUACUGGCUGCCACAACAACUUCCAGUCAGGUUUUCGACCUCUUCAUAGCACAGAGACGGCCCUUCUUAAAGUUAUAAAUGACAUAUGUCUAAACACAGACUCUGGCAAAACUUCAGUAUUAAUGCUUUUGGACCUCAGUGCUGCAUUUGACACUGUCGACCAUUCAAUACUUUUGGACAGGUUGGAAAACUGGGUGGGGAUCUCAGGCACAGUUUUAAGCUGGUUCAAGUCAUAUCUACAAGAUAGGAACUAUUUUGUUUCCAUUGGUGACUUUGUAUCAGAACCAACCAACGUAACGUGUGGCGUAGGGAUGAUGUUUGAUAAGAAAUUAUCGAGUUCGAGCCUAUUAUCGAAUCCUCUUAUCGAACCGAUUCCUUAUCGAUUCUCUUAUCGAGUCCAGAUAGGUUGUUGUAUAUGGAAAAAAAAAUACAAUAUUUGGUUUAACAAAUCACUUCACAUUGUCUACUGCUCGCUACUAUAGUAUUACCAUAUCUGAGUUAUUGUGCAGAAAUGUGGGGAAAUAACUACAAAUGUGCGCUACAUUUGUUAACCGUGUUACAAUAAAGAUCAAUUAGACUGAUACAUAAUGUUGGAUAUAGAGAACAUACAAACAGUUUAUUUAUUGAAUCAAAGAUAUUAAAGUUCGAUGAUUUGGUAAAAUUGCAAACAGCUAAAAUGAUGUGGAAUUAAAUGAUGGAAUGGAUCAAGUAAAGAAGUUAAACAUUGUACUGAUAUGAUCCAGUUUAAGAGGUUGUUCAAAUGAAUAGUGCUUACAAAGUACAAAGAAGAAGCAUUAUGAGAAAUACUUUCAACCUUAUUAAAAAUAAGAUAUUCUUCAUCUCAGUAUAUUAAUAAUGACUGAAUUAAUUAAUUAAUUACAUACUACAAAACUGUUGUAUAUACUAAUUCACAGAUAUUUAUUUAUAAAAAGGUCAGUAAAUUAUGUAUAUAUUUGUCGGAUCAUGUUUUGUUAGUUUUGGACUGUACGCGCACCUGUUGCUCAUCAGAGACUCUAUUUAAGCCUGCCUUUUCCAGUCACUCGUCGUGGCUUCAUUGUUGGCAUUCUGGUUUUCGAGCUCAUGAUUCAUGUGCUAAAGUUACCUUAGCUUCUAGUAUUCCUGUGCUAAGUAGGUUUUUGCUUUAGCUUCUCGUGCGAACGGCACGCUUUCCUUUUGUUUCGUUCCUGUCUGUUGUAAUGUGUAUGAUUUAUGAGAAAUAAAUCAUCUCCUACCUGCACGCUUUCGUCCGGAGCCGUCAGUUUUGCGUCCCGGGAGAACGCUGCACCCCACCGUGACAAAUGACUGAGCUACGUGAAGUCAUUUCUUGUGAUGUCUCACGGGGCAUUUCUUGCCGGGACGGGAUUCGUUCCCAGCGAUUCGAAUAAAGAACCAACUCUUUUUGUUUACUAUAGUGGUCUCGAUAACGGGAACCGGUUCUCAAAAAGGGAUUCGAGUCCGAGGACUCGGUUCUUUUCUUAUCGAACAACCGGGAAAAUCGGUUUCGAGCAUCAUCCCUAGUGUGGAGUCCUCCAAGGUUCAAUCUUGGGGCCGACUUUAUUUAACAUCUAUAUGCUCCCACUAGGACAAAUCAUGCAAAAUAAUAACAUUGACCAUUAUUGCUAUGCCGAUGACACCCAAAUCUAUGUAGCGCUAUCACCAAAUGACUAUCGCCCCAUAGAUCUUCUGUGCCAGUGCAUUGAGCAAGUCAAACACUGGAUGUGCCAAAAUUUUCUACAACUAAAUGAAGAUAAAACUGAGAUAAUUGUUUUUGGUGCUAAAAAAGAAAGGUUUAAAGUCAUCCAACACCUUCAAUCACUGUCCCUGAAAACCUCAAAUAAAGCCAGAAAUCUUGGGGUUAUUUUAGAUUCUGAUUUACAUUUCGACAGUCACAUCAAAUCAGUAACAAAAUCGGCCUACUAUCACCUCAAAAAUGUAAAAAGACUUAGAGGGCUCAUGUCAGCUCAAGACUUUGAAAAACUUGUACAUGUCUUUAUUACCAGUAGGCUAGACUAUUGUAAUGGUCUCCUUGCAGGUCUUCCCAAAAAAACUGUCAGGCAGCUACAGCUUGUUCAGAACGCUGCUGCUAGAGUUCUAACAAAGACCAAAAAUGUGAGCACAUUACACCAAUUCUUAAAUCCUUACAUUGGCUCCCUGUACAUCAGAGAAUUGAUUUCAAAAUCCUCCUGCUCACAUAUAAAUCACUACAUGGUCUAGGGCCCAAGUAUAUCACUGAUAUGCUCCCACUAUAUACGCCCUCUAGAUCACUAAGAUCUUCUGAGACCAAUCUGUUAGCGGUUCCCAGAGUAAACUCAAAUCAAGGGAGAGCAUCAUUCAGUCACUAUGCAACAAAUAGCUGGAAUAAACUUCCUGAAGAUGUCAGACUUUCCCCAACUCUGACUACUUUUAAAACUAGACUGAAAACUUUUAUGUUCACCUUAGCUUUCAGCUAAAUCUUUUAACGUCCACACUGUUUUUAUUUUUGUUAUUGUCUGCAUUUUAAUUUUGCUUUUAUUUUCUUUCAUUUCACUUUGUUGUACCACAUGUUGUGCUGUGAAGCACUUUGAGUCUGCCUUGUGUAUGAAAAGUGAUAUACAAAUGAAGUUGCCUUUCCUUGCUUUGCCUAAGACACUUAAGAACACACACACAGGAAAUUAACCAAUUAGCUGUUUAGUUUGUGGUAUGUUGCUCAUAUGUGGUGACAUCCAUCCUACCCAGGACCUCCUCACUGCUUCUUUCACAAAUAUCUGAGGUAUUCAUACAAACUUGGAUUAUUUGGAGCAUAAUCUUAUCCACUCAUGACCCCAUGUCUUCUCUGUAUCUGAAACCUUCCUGAACAGUAAGAUAGAUGAUGCUUCAAGUGCUUGGUUACUCCUUCUUCAGUCCAGGGACCUGGGGCCUCAUGUGUCAAGUUUGUGCACGCUCAAAAACCUGCACUACACCCUUUUUCACUGCAAAGUUGAGAUGUGUCAAAACUUACGUGAUGCUGGGUAACUGUUUGCAUAACAAACUGCCAAAUUUUACUCCUCAUACUGAUUAAUGUGCAAAUCAGAGACAUAUGAACAAUUAACC